AAAUCUCUUUUUUUUUUUUUUAUCUAUAUUUUUUACCAAACCACUCUUCACGAGUGGGCCGUCAUUUUUCCGCCUGAAAGCCGAACAUCCCUUUCCCUUUUCCUUUAGCUGUUCGCCGGCAAAGUUUUGUCAUCUAUUUCCAUCAGCUUUCCGUUUUCACUGCUUAUCCUACGCCACUAGGUCCACCACCUCUUCCGUUGUGGUAAUCAUCCUUCUCCAUCGGGAACAUUGGUACUCAUGACCCAGUUUGUCUUCUGUCUCUCUCCACCUCCCUCAUAACAAAUCCCGCCACCUCAUCCACAAGUUUUCACUGAUUGUAUCUGCAAAGACUGCAGUUUUCUUCUAUUCGCUAAUUGCUCUAUCAGUGCAUCAGUGGUUUCCUUUGGAUUCUUCUCUUGAUUUGGGCUUUCCGUUUUUUGAUUGUUUGGGAACUCAAAAGGAUGACAGUUCUGAAGAGGUAUGUGCUGAGGUUGUUCAUAUCACUUAAGUACAUAACAGCAAAUGUCGUGGACAGAAAUAAUGGACGGAUAGUUGCAACAGCAUCAACAGUUGAACAUUCCAUCAAGAACUCAUUGGAGUGCGGCCGGUCUUGCAAUGCCAAGGCAGCAACCGUUAUCGGUGAAGUAUUGGCUAUGCGACUCAAGGUGGAAGGUCUUGAGCAAGGACAGGGAAGAGGGAUUCAUGUUGAUGUAAACAAGGAGGUCGAGAAGAAAGGCUUUAAGAACCGAACCAAGGUCUGGGCCGUUGUCAAUGCCCUUAAGAACCAUGGAGUUAAAGUCGUUCUCGAAGAUAAUGAAGACAAUCCAUCACGGCCAAGUUUCUGAUAUAGUUUUUGACACAGUACAGGGAAAAGAAACAAAAGCUAGAUAAUUUAUGGAUGUAUAUUGUAUACUACUCUUGUUUCAUAAGUAAUUUCCAAGCCUGGGAGUUCCACAAUGGAACCCUGCAACUUGGAAAAUAAACAUGUUUCAAGACAUGUUUGAGCUCCAGUUUCAUGUUUCCCAAAAGAAAUAAAAUAUUUUUUUAUGAAAUUAAA